AUGCCUAUCCAACUAACGGACGAUGAGCCUUUCACGAAAAGACACCCCCUCACAAGACUAGCGAAUAGUGUUCGUUGCUACAAUAUCCCCUUUUUAAAUUUUCUAAUAAUUUUGAUCCUAGGCACAUUCCUCUACAAGUUGACUACAAAAUAUACCAAUUUGUAUAUGAAAUCGUCCUUGAUUACCAUAAUUGUCACGAAUUUGGUACUUUAUGGUAUAUCGGAGAGUUUAGCCCAACUGAUUUUAAGUUAUCGACCGAACCAACCAAUGAUUUCAUUUAAGCUCAAUGAUCCAGUGCAGCCAGUAGCUUUGGAUACCGAGGCUAAUACAGGCAUCGAGCACGACGAUGUGGGCACUGACGAUGACGUUAGUAUCGAUGAUCAAGGUUUGGAUAGAUUUAUAGAGUACCUACGGAGAGAUCAUGAUGCGGAAGAGGAUGAGCAAGGUCGAUUCAACAAUGAUUUAGUCACAUAUGUUCCAUUGACGUAUUUUCAAUUUAACCGAUUGGCGGGGUUUAUGUGCUGGGGGCUUAUCAUGGGCUUUAUUCAAUGUUGGUGGUAUAAAUUCCUUCAAAUCUACUCCAAAGAUCCCAAGUUUAUUGAAGUUUUGAGAAAAGUAAUGACUGAUCAAUUUUGCUUUUCACCUAUUUCGUUGUUUUGCUUCUUCACUUAUGGUACGAUGGUUUUAGAAAACGGUACUUGGGAAGAUACAAAAAGAAAGUUGGGAGCCAUUUAUUUGAAAACUUUAAUGAUUAACUAUUCAGUUUGGUUUCCUAUUCAGUUCAUCAAUUUCUUGAUUGUACCGCGGGAUUUUCAAGUUCCAUUUAGUUCGUCCAUUAGUGUGUUGUGGAACUGCUUUUUAUCUAUGAGAAACUCAACCAAUUAG